AUGAGCCUUGAGAGCCAAGUGGCGCAGCUCAGGUUUGAAGUUGAAGAGUUGCGUGCAGUAGUUGAGGUGCAAGGUCGUUUGCUUAGGCGUCUAUUGUCCGCAGCAGACAGCCAGAGUGAGUUCGAGCUUGUUCCUGAAGUACCCCUUGCUGGGCCCUCGGGCCGUCCGGCUGUCCCGGUAACGCCGGAGAGAGUCGCAAGCGUUCCGGAGCAUCACUCGCCAGGUGUACCGGGCGACACUUCGGCCGAAUCUCAGCAGUCUGCCCUCUCCCACGCGGCCCGGGAGGACAUAGCCAAAGAGGUAGGCCGUUUCUUGCGAAGGGCUCUGAAUCGCGAAUUUCUGGGGACUUCGGGCAGGGAUAAGAAUCCUCUCCGAAAUCGGGUUUACAUCAUUUGCCGUGAUUACACAGGGAUUGAUAUUUCUCCGCCUCUCGUAGUGGAGAGGUUUUCUGAGGUAUCGUCGCGGUGCAAACGCGGCAGUGAUUGUGGUAGUUCAGUUUUCGUGGGCUUACCAACUCGCUGGGAAGCCAGAGCCGCUCUUGUUGAGGCCGGGCUGCCAACCACUAACGACGGUCUUGCUGAGGACCAAGCUGAACAGGAGGAGGACGAGUUCGAAGGCGAGCCGCUUGGGCUUGCCGUGGCUGCAGCCUCACCUGAAGACAGAGCAUUAGCUGACGAAAGCGGCAUCACAGUGAAAGCAUGGGUCGGUUAUUUGCAGGGCGAGCUUGUCAGUUUGGUGGAUUACCCGCCUUCGGGGGAGACUUGCGAUCAUGCCUUCGUUUCGGGAGCAAACCAGCCCGCCCUUCCUCUCGCACUAGCGUUGCAGCGUGCUUGCCAGGAUGCCUUCGCUUUUGUGUCUGCAACUUCAGGCGAUCAGGCGGACCUUCCGAGCCUACGAGCGCCGGGAGCUGCCGCGCCAUCCAGUGCUGCACGAGCGAGGCCGAACCAGUCAGCCAGGCUGGAUCGUGUGGAGAGUGUGCUCGAUUCUUUGCAGCAGACCCUUGGUACUCUAGUUUCCCAACUGGAGUCCCCAGCAGUGGCGGUCCAGCCGGCGAUCAUGCAAGCCUCAAGCAAAGCUGCGGGACCGGGCCCAAAUGCGAGCUUAGGCAGCAGGAGUCACGGAGAAUCAGCUUUCAAGGGGAAGGGGACAAGCAUGACGGAUGUCCCUGCUGCCAAGCCGGGCGCUCUGGCAACGAGAACCGCGGCCACAGCGAACCCGCUCUCGGAAAGCGAUGCAGAAGUAGACGAGGAGGCAGGCGGGGCCGAUGUGUCAGGGGGGAACGGAGUAGCCAGGGCUGUGACACAAUUGACUCGGAUCGUCAAGACACUCGCCGAGAAGCGCACGGAGCCUCACACACUGGAAGGCUUGUUAGACAGAGCCGAAACCGGAUUCGAUUCUGGGUUAGUCGUGGGCUCCUCCUCCUCCUCAGCUGCUCGCUCCAAGGCUGCGGCGCUGCGGGCAUUGCAACGUGCUGUAGUUCAGCAGCCAGCCGCGCUAUCGUCCUCAAUCCUUUCUGCAAUGGAGGAGGACCUGUAA